UAUGCCAUUAUAGUGAAUGAAAAUUAAAUUUCAAAAAAGGUGUUGCAUGAGGAGGAAUUCCCCGGUUUUUCUUAUAUAAAGCAAACAUUUCGAGAAUUCAACAAUCUGCACUCAGAACUUAAUAUCGGAAGAAAAAGAAAAGAAACCAAUCACAUUUUUAUUACUAAAUAUUUUCGGACUGAUUUUUGGUUUAAUAUUCAUUAUUAAAACCUUGUUAAGUAAUGGGAGAAAAUGGAAAUGGAACUGAGAAUGACACGCUGCAGUCUAUUUUGACAGAAAACAAAAUACUGAAAGGUAAACUACGAGGAUUUAAAACUCUGGAUAAGAUGUUCAAAGAUGUGAAAGAAAGAAAUGUUGUCCUUGAGGAUGAAAUUUCUCAGCUGAAAGAAAAGAAGAUCGUGAAAAUUCCACCUCCUGAAUACAAAGAAGAAGAUUAUGGGACUUUCGAAUAUAUUCCAAAAGCAAAUGAGCUCAAAGAAGUGGUUCCCCAUGGAACUGAGUACAAGCUUCCAACACCGAAAAUGUCUAUGCUUGAAAAUAUGUCCAUUGCAAAUGAACUGAGAUCUAUCUUUGAGCAUCGAGAUGUGGCUUUCGAAGAUCCUACAAAGCUUGGGGAAGAGCUGAAGAAAUUAGCUGAUUCUAUCUCAGUAAUAGAAGAGAAAAGACGGCGUGAUCAGGAAGUCUUAAAGGUUUUGACAAAGGAACUAAAAAAAUGCAGAUCUGAGAAUGAAAUAUUCAGGAGAGAAAAUGAAAAUUUUCAGAAGCAAUUUCUUCCAAAUCAAGCAGGUGCAGCGGAAAAAGAAAAAUAUGUCUUUGUGGAGACUGAUCCUCUUGGAAAUACUUCUGAUGAAUGGAAGAACAUGUAUUUUACUACUAAAAAGAAAUCAGACCAGGAUUUAACUGAUCUUCGGAAACAUCUGGAAGCAAAAUGCAGACAAAAUAGCCAACUUGAAGCUCAGUUAGCCAACGAAAAGAAACAACACAAUUCGGAAAUUGCAGAAUUGAUUAAGGAAUUGUCCACCAAGUUAGAACAUGGUAAAGCUGAAGAGGAAGAUGACAUGAUAAGUCAACAGAUGCAAAUCUUUCAAGACGAUUUUAAAGUGGAACAUGAAGAACGUAUGAAAGCUCAAGCUGCUAAACUGGAGAUGGAGAAAAAGUUUGAUGCUCUUCAGAAGGAAUUUCAAGAAAAAACUAAUACGAUUGCAAACAAUGAGAGAAAGCUGAAAUAUUACAUGGAGAAAUGUGACAUUCUUACAAAAGAGAAAAUGUUGAUUAAAAAUGAGCUGGAUCUUGCUCAACAAAAUCUGAAGAGGGCCUCUGAAUUCAUCUCCAACUUGUCUGUUCCCCAGAAAAAGACAUCCGAAGCAGAAAAACACAUGAAACGUCUUGAGAGGAUUUCUGCAUUAACACCGAACACCACGAAUGACAAUGAUGAUACUAUGUCUGAUAUAUCUAACUGGAAAUGUCCGUCUUGUACUUUGGAAAACAAACCUUGGGCCUACAAUUGUGCUAUUUGUAAAGGCCGUAAACCUGAUUCUCUCCAGUUUCCAUCAAACAUGGACUUCGAUAUAGAGGUUGAUGGUCCUCCUUCCUUCAAUGGUUUUGAUUCAGCUGUGGACACAAAAUGACAAUAAAAGAAUUUUGAUGAUGAAGGGAAAAGAAAUGUUGGCAGCAAUGAUCACUAAAGUUUAUUAUGUAACAUCUAGCCAGUGAGUAAAAAUAUCUGCUUCUAAAUGAGACUUGAGCAUUUGUGAGCUGACAAGAUAUAUAAUCAUCACCAAGAAUCAACUUUGUCAGAUUUGUGGAAUGAAAUUAUCAGUUUAAUGACAAUUGUCAUUCAACUGGUAAAUUGCCAUUCAAAUGAAAAGCAAUUCAAGAAAUGCGUGGAAGCUUCUGCUUCACAGUCUGAAAAAACACCAUGUCAUCACCAUUUUACUCUUAAAAUCUGCAAAUUUACUGGAAUGCUCAAAUUUCUGGCUGCAACUGUGUUUGUAAGAACUCCUUAUACAAGAGGCAUAUUCAGUAAGCAUGUACUAACAAACAACUUUGACUUGCCCUAUAACAUCUAAAGUGGAGAUUUGUAUCUGUAAUUCCAUAUCUAUAUUAAAAAGUGUAAUAACUAUUGCUACAAUGAACAGUGAACUGUAUUUGGAGAUUUACAAUGUUUUUUUUUAUGUUGACUAUAUUAAGCUCAAAUUAUGCAUGAUAUUUUACAUGCUUCUAGAAUUAAUGGGAAAAUAAGCUAAAUGUGCUGGAUUUGAUCUAGUCUAUUUCUGUUACAAAGUCUAACUUUGUUAUAA